CUUGACGAGUUGCUUGCGAAGCUGCACCGGAACGUAUGUGUGUCACCAUCCUUGGUCACCGCCAUCGCCAAGCAUGCUUCCUCUCUCAGUGAGAGUAUUUGCAAGGACUACGAAGAAUUGAAUAAGAUCGUUAUUCGACGCGAAGCGACGAUACGGAAGAGGUGGUUGAAGAAGACUCAGACUCAACGGCGAGAUGUUCUGCUCAGGGCGUGGCCGAACAUGGCAGAAACGCAUCGCCCAGACUACACAGAAGUCAAUGGUUAUCUCAAAUACACCAAGCUGUCAAAUAACCUAAGAAAAUGUUUGGGUACCCAUGACAAAGAAACGCCACCUUCAGCAUCUCAGAUAUGGCCCUUCAUCAACCUCGAAGAUCUUACAAAACCGAAGUCUUUGCUGAUAUUUCUCAACGCACGUGCUCGGAAUGUUCCAUUCAUGUUUACGCUUACGGAAGAGGCGUUUAGCCCAUUGGCAGUCAUGUCGAUGUGCUCCUACGAGCCCAAGCUAGAACAAUACAGCCUACAAAUCUCAAGCGAAACAACACCUACGCUUUACAUCAUAGGAUUCUUAGCUGCGUGCAGCAAGCUGAUCUUGCAUGACAUGGACCAGGAUAUGCUGUACUGUAGCGCCAUCCAGGAGGAGCCACCGUCAUCUGAACUUGACCUACCAAGCGACUUGGGAUUUACAAACUUUGCUGACACACUCAUGGUUGCUCCCUAUCGAAACCGAGGGUCGGUCGAGUUCCUCAGAUUGCGCGCGUAUUUCGACGCUCUAUGCACCAAUGCAAAGGAUCAUAUCCUAGCACUGCGCGAGGAUCCAUCUUAUUUCGCCGAUGCUUUCAAAGAUAUCUGCGAGCACAGUGCUGAAUUGAUACGAGACCUUGACGGACAUAUCGACCCGCGUGUGGAUAGCAAGUGUUUCCUGAUGUGCAAUGCUGCCAAGAUGGUCACCAAUGCGUACAGCAUGUUCUUCUCCUGGAGAGAACUCUAUCGGAUUACCGACCUCUUAUCGAAGACAUCUAUGCAGGAUCAAGGUGCUGAUUUUGCUUCUUUGAUGGCUGAGUUUAACUGCAGCGUUCGGCGUGUGUCUAAACGCGUAUACCGGAUACUCGCGUGUGCAUCAAUGUCGCCUAAUGUUCGCAAAUUCUACUUUCGGACAAACCGUCACAUAGUAAUGAAGCUAUGGGAUAUCUGGUCACUUGAGGAGUUUCAGCUGAUGUCGUCAUUUGAGUGUUUCAAUAUGGGCGGAGACUGCGAAGACGUCAAGGACGAGGCGCUGUACCUUCUCUUAGAUCAUGUCACCACGAUAAUGCGUGAGAAAAAAGCAGCGAGAGACUUGGUAUUCCCUCGAGUUUCCGAACUGUUUGCGCAAAUGUCCGUCAUGGGAGAGUGCGCGAUGCAGUUGAUGGUGUGGCGCGAUACACCACAAGGAUCUACCCUUGACAUGGAUACGCCGCAUUCCCAUGCCCACUAUGCCGAUUUCUAUGACUGGCUUGACCAUCUGAGUCACGAUUACAUGCCAGUACACGUCGUCAAUCCAUUCCGAGGAAAACUGGAUUACCCUUCCCACAAAGCUCGCAACCCAAAAACUGUCAAAGCCAUGCGCGAUGCAGAAAAGAACCUCGACAAAUUCUGGGAAGAUACGCAGAUCACUGGAGCGUUUGACAAACUUGCGGUAGGAGAGAAAGUCAAACCGAAGACAAAGGGAAGCCUAGAAUCCGUGAUAGUUGAUGUACCUCCGACACACAUGGUCGGCACCGCUGAUGAAGGAAGCGUCCCGCAGGUUUUCAGGUUGGACAAGCGCGCCCUGAAGGCCAUGAAAACGCUUUUCCAUGUUCCUCAGUCGGACCAUGACGAUCUCCCCAAGGGAGUAAAGUGGCAUGAGUUCAAGCGGGCCAUGGCGCACAUUGGAUUUGCUGUUGAGAAGCUGCAGGGCUCGGCAUGGCAGUUCACGCCCGGUGAGUCGCUUCAUGUUCGUCGUGCUAUUCAAUUUCACGAGCCACAUCCAGUCAGUGACAUCACGUACAUCAUGGCAAAGCGAUUUGGGAGGAGGCUUGAGAGGGUAUAUGGCUGGAACGGCGCUAGUUUUCGACCCGCUUGA